GCCUCUUUCACACUCACAACCGCCUCAAACGACACCCGCCCGUAGGAGAUCAGAACAAAUCUCCAAGAUGGCCGCCGCACCUCAAUCGUUCUACGAGCUUUACCGCCGUAGCAGCAUCGGCCUUGCGCUGACAGAUAUGCUGGACGAUCUGAUCAGCGAGGAGCGCAUCCACCCUCAGCUGGCGAUGAAGAUCUUGGCCAACUUCGAUCAGGCUAUAACAGAGGCCCUGCAGAAGAGCGUCAAGGCUCGUUUGACUUUCAAGGGAAGCCUGAGCACCUACCGAUUUUGCGACGAAGUUUGGACGUUUCUUAUCAAGAAUGUUCAGUUCAAGCUGGAUAAUGGUGGGCAGAUUGUGACCGCAGACAAGGUCAAAAUCGUCAGUUGCAACGCCAAGAAGCCCGGCGAAGGCCCUUGAAGGGUGUGCGCCAACGACGAUAAGAGAGAAUCAGAGGCGGCCUCGACCACCUUACUCGGAUAUACGAACGAGACGCAUUUGCGGACAAGGGCGAUGGGAACGACAACGAGCGCCCCCAGCGGCUGCAUAUUACAGGCGUUCAGGUUCAUGCUCUUACGAUGGCACGGUUUAAGGAUACGGGAGUUCGUCCAUUCAAGAUUGCCAUUUUGAUACCACCAGAGGUUUAUACAGCAUCGUUCAUAGGUUUGCGUCAGCGCAUCAAUAGACUGGCUGUCUGCAUUGGAAGUGUGUUGCGACUUGUGAUCUUGGUAUUGACUCGCUGCAGUUCAGGUCCAAGCCUGGGAUGUGUCACAGUUGGGUUGUAGAAUUUGGCUCUAUGCAUCGAUUUGGUUGUUAUAAUUGUACUAUUCUGGGUAUUAUGUUGGGUAGACAAAUACCGCUUGCCCA